AUGUGCUGCGAGGCGGAAUGGAAGAGGGAGAUCGUACCCGAUCACAAGUUCGACUUUAUCAACGUCAAAGAGUUCCACAGGACAGAUUUCAUGACUCGUUUAAAGUAUGUCUGGAAGUACAUCUUGAUCCUGAAGAACAUUGCGGUCUAUGGUCUAGAUAUUUUCACCGCAACCACUAUGAUAGUGUCAGAUCACUGGACCAACGCGAUUCAGUCAAAGUGUAGUGAGACAGACUCUGAUUGCGCUGUCGACGUGCAAUUCUCCAUCGCCAAGUGGAUAUUUGUCGGUUGCAUCAUGUUCUCCUUCCUUCUUCUCGGAUACGAAACCUACAAGGCUCAAAAGGUCAUCAGAUCUCGAGACAUCUCUUACGCGUUCACCAAUCUCAUGGCGAACGACUAUUACUCGAUCAAAUCAUACGACAUCUUUUGCCUCUUUUGUCAUAUCGACAGUUCGGCGAAAAAGACGGACGCCUUUGCGUUCUUCAUCUACUUCACAUUCAAGGACUGGAAACGAUUACUUCUAGCCGAUGGUCCACGUCAAUCUAUCAACGGUCUCAUCCUGUUCUCCUUCGCCCUCGCAAGUCACUUCCAGACAUCCAACCUGUCUGAAUACUAUGAUGGCUCACCGAUCACUGCCAUGCUGCUGCUUGCUAUGAUAGCGACCGUCUUGAUCUUUCUCGGUUCUCUCAUCCUGCUCAUUGUGGCUGCAAUCCUAUACGUGCCGUUUCUGUGCUACAUCCAGGGCAAUCUCAAGGAAUACGUCUGUCAUAAGGUUGACAAGAGAAUAUCCGAGCUCAUCAAACGGAAGCAACGAGACAGAAUACGCAAAGUCGCUGCGAUCGAGAAAAAGAUGGCUCAUGGCAUGUACAAGGGUGGAGGCAAGGACGAUGAGCUCGCCGCUGCUGCCGCCGCUUUCCCACAACCUACAUUGCCAAACGUCUCAUUGGAUGACGAUGACUAUGGGCUGAAGCGCAAGCUCGAAGCGGAGAGGAGGUCUGCUCGCGGCGUACGGCGGCAAAAGACCGACGUGGUGGAAUACGAGGUCUAUGGCUCAGACUACAACCUGCCGUACGAGAGCAACUUUAGCGAAAGGUGA